UGUUCUUGAUGUAAACGCUGUAGAACUGCAUCCCUUCGCUAGAUAAAGAAAUGUCUGUUAUAUUUAUUUUCAAGUUAUAUCUAAUACUACAUACGUAAAGUCGGAACAAAGUAUCAUCAUCUAUAUUGAUAUAAAGCUAAUGAGCAUAUCUACAGUCAGGUAUAACACUGGCCUGACUACGUAGUGCAGCCAUGUUUAAUAAGCGUGCUUUCUACAGGAGUCAUUUGCUCAAUAUCUACUGAAUCUACUUAUGAGGACUUUUAUUGAGAUCUAAGUCUUUCUCUAAUACAAAUUUUAUAAAGUAUUUCCAAUUAAUAGAAUGGUAUCAGAAAUAAAUUCUAGCAGUUAAUAGAGACGAUAUAUGAUCCUCCUGUCUUCAAAUUCCUUUCAAAUAUUUAUAAUACAAACUUGAAAAAAUGCUGUCGGAAUGAAAAUUUUUAAGUAUAAGCAAAUCUUCGUAGAAACGGACAAGUAAGGGAAAUUUCUGAUCAUGCCGCCAUCUUUAUGAAGAUAGAAUAAAAGAAUAUUUUAGAUUUGGUUAAUGAUAAUUUUCUAAAAAAUAAUUAUUAUAUAUAAUAAUGUAGCUUUAUAGAGUAAUUAUUGUAUAAGACAGUGUGUAAGUUGACAAGAAAAGCUCAGAACAUUGAUAAUGGAAAAAGAUCCUUUUCAAUUUUGUAUUUGACUUGAUUUCAACUUAUUGAAACUCAGCUCAUAUAGUAGCUGUUUCUCAAAGUAAAUUUGUUCAAUAAUGUAUAGAACAGUGUUACAAUUAGCGUGCUUAUUUUUUUGUAAUACAUUUGUAUUUAGUGCUAGUGAAACUGAAGCAAAUAAUCCAGUAUUUAAUUUAGAUCACACAGCACUGGAAAAAAAUAUUGCAGCUAUAUUCAAUAAAGUUGCGCAUAGUUCUGCAACAACGAAAAGAAGUGUACCAGCAUUUGAAGCACAAGUUUCACAAAGCACUAUACAUUCAACUUCACCAUCGCCAUUAGCAACUUUACUAACAACUUCUUCGAUGUUUAAUUCUAUUGUUUUAACCAGAUCAACUAAUUCUCCAUUUCUUCGUGAGUUGCCAUCAUAUGCACCACCCUCGAGAGCUUUGUUUACUCCACCACUUCCUCCGGAAUAUUCUAAUCCUUUUGCUGAUAAACCAACAUUAAGAGGAACCAAUACGGAUAUUCACUCCAAUCUUCGAAGACCUGUUCCGCCACCAAGUUAUACUCCAGUUCAUGAAAGAAUACCUAUUAAACCUCCUGACUUGAUUGAAAGUACGACGAAAAACCUUGAGAAAACUUUUCUUGAUAAAGAUACUUCACAUUAUUCAUCUAGAGAAGAUAGUUCUGAGAUAUCAAAUCGGAAUAAAAAUUUUAAUGACACGGUCGAUUAUGUACCUUCAUUACAUUUUACUAGUAUUUCAAGAAUUUUAUCAGGAAGCAAUGGAAGAAAACAAGAUAUUCCCGACAUUUUAUUAAAACCUAUAUCGACGAAACCAUCUCAAAACUCUGUAACGAUAUACCCAGUUAAUGAAGAAUCUACUGUAACGCCUAUACUUAGCGUACAUUCAACGCAAGAAAGUACUGCAACUCCGACGUAUUACUCAACAGACGAAUUACUCCAAAUAGGAAAAAGUAAUUAUAAUAGCACUCUAAAUGGAAGAAAGAUUCUUAAAAAACAUAAUGAACCAGGCAGAAUACGUAAUGUUGAUAUUGUUGAUAAUGAAAAACUUGCUUAUCCCCAAUCUCCAGAGUUACCUUCUAAAAUUCCAGAUGUUAGAACCGGUGAAAAAAGUAUAAUUCCUCAUUUCAAUUCACACCCUUUAGAGUCGACUUGGAAAAUUGCAUGGUCUCUUCAUGUUUAUUUAGCAGCUUCUAUAUUUACCUUGAUAGCUCUCUACUCCGUAUAUAAAAUAGUUCGAUUCAAUAACGCCACAAAUCUUCUAACCCAAUCGUAUUUCUUGACAAUUCAUCUACUUUUAACUAUUGUUUGUACUUUGCGAUGUUUUUAUUUAUUUUAUGAUGCAUAUAAUCUAGGACAUUCACUCCCAGAAACACUUUCAAAAAUUAUAAAAUUUUUACCUUCAUCAUUAUUAGCUGCUGCAUUUGCAACACUUAUACUUUACAUGUCACGAUGUUCUCCCGCACCUUGCCUUCAUCAGAGCAAAUUUUCAUCUCCAUUUAUAUUGGCUUUAUCUUUUACUAUUCACAUCACUAUAUGUAUUGGUUUACAUGUAUCUGGUCAUGUUUUUGGUUAUGCAGAUGAGUCUCGCAUCCUUCCUCUUAUUUGCCAAUGUAUUUACAUUAUACUCUGUGUGUCUCUUGGUCUUUGCUAUAUGUACGUUUAUCGUGUUAUCCGAACUCAAAUACAGAUGGCUAAUACAAAACCUGUUGGAAAUCAUAUUGUGACAGAUUUUAUGACUGUCACACUAAAUACCGCUAUAACAACUACAAUUGCUACUGCUUUAUUAUUUAUUUUAAUGGGAUUCGUACAGUUAUAUGGCGUUUUUGGAGUUCAAGAACGCCUUCAACCACAUUUUUGGUUGUGGUGGGGAUGGGAAUUCUCUGUCCGACUAAUUGAGCUAUCAAUGUGUGGCUUGUUAGCAUGGGUUGCUAGUUUGUCGCGUUACCAAAUUAGAGAAAAGCAGGUUUCACAGCAUAUUGUUCAUCCAGGCUUCGCUCUCUUUCCUUGUGGUAGUUCGACAUCAACAGAAAAUAUGGAUGAUGCAUUAUACCCAGCUAUUUGCAAUACUAAUCAUGCUAUACAGAACUACACCAUACGUACUGGAAAACAUGUAUAUGAUGACAGUUUUCCAUUAAAUACAUUACCGGAUCACCUCAAUCGUAAUACAUUUGAAAGGCAUUCGACUAGAAUGUCAGGAACAUUAAGCCACUCAUCUCAAGAAAGAAGAACAUCGUGCACGCAACGUAAAAAUGAUACUCAAAUUAUUUACAAUUCGGAUAGUCGUAGUAAAUCUAAUGCAGGUCCAACAAAUUUUAAUGAGCACUCUUCGAAUUCUGGAUCAACAAUGUUGGUAGCUGAAGAUGGCUUUGUACGUUUUCGAAAUUUAGGUACAGAAGACAAUGAUUUGUCAGAUUCUUAUAAUAUUUCUGAUACAAAUAGGGAGAGAAGAAAUUCAGUAACUUGUAUUGAUAGGAUCAACAAAAAUCAGUCUGCUAUAACUACACACAUUACAGAAGAAUAUCAUCAAAAUUCUUUGCCGCAUCUGAAAUCCAAUCUACAUAGGAACCAUCAUCUUUUUUACAAUACAUAAAUUCAAAUCUCAUAUUAGCGUUUACAAGAAUCAUGCUAAUGUUCUAGAACAGAGUCUUAUUAGCAAGUUGAAUCUCAUUUUAUAAGUUCAAUAGUGUAUUUACGUUUUUUGUAUAAUAAUUAAAUGAAGAGUGACAACUAUAAGUUAAUUCUGAUUUUUAUAUAACUAUACUUGUGAUUGUACAGUACGUAUGCUUAAGGAAUUUCAUAGGUUUCUUGUGAUUCAAAUAAGAUACAAGUUAGAGUUUUUACUGUAGUCUGAUCAACUGUUAAUUUAAAAAUUAUCCAAUAAUUCAGACAUUCUGGCAAUAGAAUGAUUUGAUUUCAAUAAUAAUUGCAAAUGGAAAAAAUAUUCGAUGAAAAAAUGGGAAUUAUAGUACUAAACAAGAAUAUAUAAUCUUUAAAAAUAACCUAAAAAGAUAAACAAUUAGUGAAAAACAACUGAAAAAUUAUUUAAAUUUUUUUUAGAUUUUGAUGAAUUUCCAAAGACCAAAAUUUCUAAAAAUAAUUCUAUACACAUCAAAAUAAAUAAAUAUUAUUUAAAUUACUGUGAAUUAAAAUAAUUAUUUAAUUAUCUAUGUAGUUUGUAAGUUAUUAAUUCAUAAUAUAAAAAAAAUUAUGCUUCUUAACACAAAAAGUUAACCUUUAAAUUUCAAUAACCUGCAAUAAAUAUUAUUUAUUAAAAACAUGUUUGUAUUUAUAUAUUAAUUAUUAAGCGUUGGAAGAACUUUAGAGAUACCAAUUUGGAUUAAUAAUGGAGCUCAAUUUCGUUGGUUAGAGACCUAGUUUACAAGUGUAACAAUCCUAAUUUUAAUUCAACUUGUUUAAAAAUAGCCAUAAAGUUAAUUUUUCGAAUUAUUUUAUAAAAAAAAAUCUGAAAAAUAUAUAUUUAGUGAUGACGUGUAUAGAAUAACUUUGUAUGCAUUUUUGUUGCCGAAAAGCUGUAUGCAUGUAGACAAAAAAUGUCUGUUUUUCACUAAUUGUUUAUCCGCGCAAACUUUGUUCUUUUGGUUAAAGCUACAAAUUUCUGUUCAGUAUCGAAUUUUCCACCUUGUUACAUAAUUUUUUCUCCAUUUACAAUUAAUAAUUUCUUGGAUUACAAUUUAUAAAUAUUUAUUUCUAAACCUUGAAUGCGCUGAAUAUAUCUGAAAUUAAAAAAAAAAAUACAUGGAUAAACAUUAAACAAUCAAGAAAUUAUCUAGUCUUUUUACAUUUUAAUUUCAAUGUUAUGACUACUGAUAGAGCUAGAAGAGGGGAGAGAAAUCAUACAACCAACGAUAAAUAAAAGGCAUCGCUCACAUAUGUAUGUUUUGUAGGCCAAACAAGUACAGAAAAUCUCAUGAAUAUUUCACAAAUAACCUUAUAGUCCUUAAGUGAUAAGGAAUGAUUAGAUUAUUUUUAAUAUGCAAAAUAAAAUUUCAGGUAUUGUUUGUUUAAUUCAAGUGUUCACUUGUAAAUAUAUAAAUAAAAAACCUUUGAAAUUUUUGUUCAACAAUAUCUUCCUAUCGAAGUAUAUAAAAAAUACACUUGCCUGAUAUAUUUUACUAUCAUUAGUGACAUAUCUCUGGGCUUUGCAGUACUUGUAAGUUCAAAGUCUUCGAAGAUUGAAUAAUAUUGCUAACUUUUAUGCUCUACAAACGUUCUCAAUGUCGCAAAAUCCAGAUCUUGUAUUGCAAUCACUUACUUUAAAAUUACAAAAUAGUGUUUUUUAAUAAAAAUAAAAUCGCUUCAAUUCACUGACAACAUUUAUUGUAAAUUUGUAACUUGUAAAAUAUUUUUGUUGGACUAAUCAAAUUUAACUAGAGUAACAUAUAUACGAUCGUAUGUUCAUAAAUAUUAAUGUUAACUCAAACUUUUAUAAAAAAAAUUUACUAUUUUUACUCAUAUUUUUAAUUUAAAUAUUUAAAAAAUUUUCUGAAUUACAAAUACCGAAGUUAAUCAUAGAACUAAUAUGAGAUAGUUCGACGAUCACGGUGUGCGUGCGCGCGCGCGCGUGUGUGUGUGUGUGUGUGUGUGUGUGUGUGAGUUUUUAUAUCUAUAAAAAAUUAUAAAAACCAUACUAGUUAAGAAAUGAAAAUGUAAAAAAACUAGCGUACUUUUUAAAUUAAAAAGUAUUAUCGCACAUAAAUUGUCGUUUCUUAUUUAGUCAUUUUGCGCACAGUCAAAGUUUAGAAAUAUUUUUGUUGUUCAAUUUAUUUUUGAAUGUUGAUCGUUCAUUUCAUACGUUUUUAUUUUAGACCUUCAAGUUUAGUUUUAUUUGGUAUUUUUUGUGCGCGUAUGUCAUACAAAAAGGCCGUGACUGUAAGGAAAACUUACAUCUAAUUUUAUUUCAUUCUAUAUAUUCUCUUGAAACCUAUGAAAAUCCUUAAAUCAUAUAUUAUUUUUUUCAGUCUGUUCAAAGACUUUUAAAGUAUUAUAGAUUGUCUGCGCUUAAUUGAAACGUGUACUGUUUACUAUAAAAUUGAUUAUUGUGUUACGGCUAUUGGUACUUAAUAUUUUUAUACAAAUUUAAUUUAGGGUGAUUAAGCUAGUGUCAAUAUAGAAUAUGACUAUCAUAAUCUCAAAUUUUUAAAUAAGUUCUAGGUUAAUAAAGUUUAUUGUUUGAGCAAUAUUUUAUCGUAUAUUACCAUGAAGGUAUUUAUUAAGGAAAUGUAAAUAAAUAUUAGACAGUAAUUUAAGUAUUUUUAUUGUGAAAUUUCAGUAUAUGAUACAA